AUGAAGUUCACCGGUCUCGCUGCUAUGGGCUUGAUGGGCUGUGCCCUCGCCCUUCCUGCCGCCCAGGAUGGUCCAGGUCCCGUUCCCACCAACCUGCCGCCUGCACCACCUGCGCCCUCCGGCUCUGCACCACCUACACCUUCCGGCUCUGCCCCAGCUGGCCCUGCCCCGUCCGGCUUCGAGAAGCGUCAGUUCGGCGGCCUGCCCUCGGCCAUCCCAUCGGGCUUCCCUGAGCCUUCUGGUGUCUUCGGUGGCUUUGAGCGCCGCCAGGAUUUCCCUGCGCCUUCCGGCACUCCCUCUGGCUUCCCUGAGCCUUCUGGUGUCUUCGGUGGCUUUGAGCGCCGCCAGGAUUUCCCUGCGCCUUCCGGCACUCCCUCUGGCUUCCCUGAGCCUUCUGGUGUCUUCGGUGGCUUUGAGCGCCGCCAGGAUUUCCCUACGCCUUCCGGCACUCCCUCUGGCUUCCCCCAGCCCUCUGGAGCCUUCGGCGGAUUUGACAAGCGUCAGGACUUCCCCGAGCCUACUGCUGUGCCCUCUGGCUUCCCUCAGCCCUCUGGAGUCUUCGGCGGAUUUGACAAGCGCCAGGGCUUCCCCGGGCCCUCCGGCAUUCCCUCCGGGUUCCCCCAGCCCUCGGGUGGCCCUGGUGGCUUCGAGAAGCGCCAGUUCCCCGAGCCCAGCGGUCCUGCGCCCUCGGGCCCUGCUCCCUCAGGCCCUGCGCCCACUGGUCCUCCCUCUGGACCCAUUCCUACUCCUCGCGUUUAA